CUUAUCCCAAGAAUCCCCCAUCCACCCACCCUUCUUUUUCAUUUUAGGAGGGCCUUAAUUCUCUUUCUCUUAACCUGUAGUAAGCAGUAUAACUCAGUUUUCUCUCGUUCCCUCUACACCAAAUUUCCAUUCAUUCUGCACAAAUUGUGAGUAGAUUUUGCUCCCACAGGUAUCAUUUCAGGGCUUGGAGCCUUGAACUCUGACUCUGACUCUCUGAGGCUCAAACAAAUAUUCUGCGUCCGCUACUUAAUUUUUUUACUUUUUUUUGGGGGUUUGUUUUGGCAUUUUCUGUCAUUAUCUGAUUAAAUUAAGGAGUGUCUAUCAUAUGCGGCCAAAAGGCUAACGUUUGUGUUUACCUUUGGAUUCAUUGUUGCAAAAAAAAAAAAGAAAAAAAAAGAGAGAUCAGAUCAUAUGGAUAUUAUUAAACAUUUCCUCCAUAGACAUCCCCUGUCAUUCAUCGAGAAGGGAAACGAAGAUCUUACAUGCAGUCGAUGUCUGAAACACUUGUCGGGCCCCACAUACGGUUGCAGCAAGUGUAAGUUUUUCAUUCACGAUCACUGUGCUAAGCUUCGUCCCAAGAUUGAAAAUUUCUUGCACCCAUGCCCUCUUGUCCUCAAGAUUUUGCCACUUCCUGUUGUCUACACGUGUAAUUUGUGCAUCGAACCUGGCGCUGGUUCUACCUAUCGUUGUGAGGAAUGUAAUUUUGAUAUGCAUGUUGAAUGCGCCCUACAGCCCACCAUGAAAUCCGAAGGUGUGGAGCUUAUUCAGCACUUCACUCACUGGCAUCCUUUAACACUACUUGUUCAUCUGAAGAACAUGGAACUGGAAGAGGAUCAAGUUUGUUGUUUCAUAUGUCAAAAGCUGUGCUCUGCUUCUGCAACUGCUUAUGGCUGCAAGCAAUGCAAUUUUUUCCUUCAUAACUCUUGCAUGACCAGCAUCCCACGAAAGAUCAAUCAUUUCUUCCACCCAUGCCGUCUCAUUCUGCUCACUAGUCCAUUCUCUUACACUUGUGGGGGUUGUGAUGAACAUGCCUCAGCCUUGACCUUCAGCUGCGGAAGGUGUCGCUUCCAGCUAGAUGUCAAAUGCGCCUUACUUCCCACGGUAAAAUCUGAAGGUUCCAAGCUGAUUCGACAUUUUAGUCACCAGCAUCCACUAGCACUCCGUGAAAAGAUGGAUGGCAGCAGUAAUGAAGUUCGAUGCAAAGCAUGUGGGGAAAUUUGUUCGGGUCCUUCAUAUACUUUUGGUUGUAGCAGAUGCAACUUCUUUUUUCACAGAUCAUGUGCUGUUGAAUUACCACAAGAGAUCCAUCAUCCCUUUCAUCCCCAACACCCUCUCAUCCUCUCGCCCUUUCCAUCGCAUGAUUAUGAUUACUAUUGCUCGGGAUGUGGAUCAGAUGUCAGGUCUCUGCUAGCCUAUCGCUGUAAAAAGUGCGAAUUCACCCUUCAUAAGGAUUGUGCUAAGCUCACACCCUCUUUUAAGUAUGGGCCUCACCCACACCUCCUUACUCUUUUUGAUAAAACAGAUGGAAUUUAUUGCGACAUUUGUCAUAAGAAAGCCAACAACUUCUGCCUUCGAUGCGUGGUAUGUCGUUUUAGCAUCCAUCUUUAUUGCCAUCCUUCGGUACCAAAAACAAUAAACUAUAAACGCCAUAUACAUCCUUUAACUGUUACCAAAUCUCCUUUUGAUUAUGAACUGAAUUCACCUGAAGACGCUUACAAUCUAGAUGAUGAGUUCUACUGUGACAUUUGCGAGGAAAAACGAGACAAAGAAAACGAUGUUUAUUAUUGUGAAACAUGCAAAUUUAUUGCUGAAAUGGGCUGUGUCAUUUCUGUGCUGUUACCAUUCUUAACUAUUGCAGAGGACCAGAGUACCGCGAGCAGCAGAAUCAUUUCCACAGAUGAAGAGAAUUCUGCAACAGACCCCAUGCUUGCAAAGCUAGAUGAAGAGAUCGCAAAGCAUAGUGAGAAGGCAAAGCCCUUAAAGGUAGAAGUUGAGUCUUUAAAAGUAUUAAUUCAGAAGCUGCAAGCAAGGUUAGAGGUACUUGAAGCCGAACUACAGCCAAUAGCAUGGGGACUAGAUAAACUUCAGGAAGAUCGUUACCUGUACAUUUAUGAGCUAAAACACAAGACGAACGAAAACCAAAAUUCAGUUAAAGCUUCACCUUCAGAAGGGCUGUCUGCAAACCGGUCUUGAGUCUGUCUUGAUUAUGGCAGUGUCAGGUAAACGUUUUAAAGGAGAAAUAUAGUGUUUGAACAACGACUUAGAUUAUUGUAGUACCACUCAAGUUUUUCUAGUUAAUCUGACUAAUUGCUGCCCACUGUUAAUAGCAAUAGAGGUAAUUUGUAUUGAAUAAAUCAUAAAUAAUGGGGUUUGGAGUUCAUUGGCAGAUCUAUCUAUCUAUAAGACAGUAGUUUUAUGAUAAAAUAUGCAUUGUUGUUUCUCAACCAAAUGAAUUAUGCUGUGUUCUAAGUACCAGGAUUUUUGUAC